AUGGCAUACAAUGAUGAUGCUGUGCUUGCUCGUUUAUCUGCGCUCAAUGAGAGUCACGACAGUAUCGCGACAGCUGCGCAAUGGAUCAUGUUUCACAAACGACACGCGGAUCGCACCGUUGCGCUUUGGAUGCAGCGACUGAAGGAUUCGUCCGCGACAAGAAGACUCAGCCUCGUUUAUCUCGCAAAUGAAGUCGCACAACAAUCACGAAUUCGGCGAAAAGAAGAUUUCAUAAUUGCUUUCUCGCCCGUUAUUGCUGAAGCUACAGCACUUGCAUACAAAGGCGCACCAGCCGAAAUACACGGAAAACUGCGGCGCGUGGUUGACGUGUGGAGAGAUCGAAAUAUUUUCGAAGCUCCUAUACAAAAUGCCAUUGAGUCGCGCCUAGACGAGCUGGACAAAGCGAAAGGAACGCCUCGACCAGGAUUUGGGAACUCACCAUUCACCUCGAAUACCGCAGCGGCGCCACCACCUGAACUUGCGCCAGUUAUCUCGGGACUUCAGACGGUUCAGAAGCUGAGCGCGCCGCUCAAAUCUACGCUCGAGUCCGCGAAUCAAGAAUAUGAAAAACAAACAGAUCCGUCCAUACCUGUACCAUCAGCACCAGUCUUCGCGGCCCGCCUCAAUGGCCUUUUGAAGACGCUGUCGAAUGCAGAAACUGCUACUAGCGAAAGCGUCAAAGCCCGUGAGAGUCUAAUUGCUGGUUUGGAGAAGAUGCUCGAACAAAACAAGACCGAGUUAGAGACGGACCGGGCGACGCUUGAGCAACUGGCAACCAGAAAGACAGAAAUCGAGGAAAGGAAGCAGCAAGUAGAACUAGCUAUCAUGCGAGCACUUGGACCGGCCGAUGGUAAUGGAUCACAAAGCAACGGAAAGGAGGGAGCACUAGUACAAGAGCUCGACCGGCCCGAAAUGGAGGCCCUCACACCACCAGCGAUGGAAGAACUCACGCCUCCACCCCCGGAGACGGAGCCUCUGAGUCCAAUCGGCGAGACUAAAUCCCAGCACGAAGCGGAUGAGGCCACCAUGGAUACUGCAUCACACGCAGUCCCCAUAUCUUCCAAUGGCUCAAAGAAAAGACGGAGGGUUGAUGACGAAUCUGAAUUUGCAGACGUGGGAGGAGACGAUGGCAUCGACGAAGAUGUCGCUGCAAUGCUGAAAGACGAAGGGUUAUAG